AUUUAGGUAGCCGGAAUCGUGGCAUUCUACAUUGUGACAAAAGGUCAACAUCCCUUUGGAGAAGAACGAUUCCGACUUGACAACUUACUUAAAGGUAAACCAGUUGGCUUGGAUACUCUGAAAGAUCCUGUCUUGAAAGAUUUGUUAUCCUGGAUGCUGAGCCACGACCCCAAAGAUAGACCGUCUGCUGAAGAAGCACUGAAACACCCUUAUCUUGUGCCCGCGAAACAGCAGUUUGAAAUGUUGUGCAAAAUGGGAAACCAGCCUGAGAUCAAGACAUGGGAUGUCAAAUCAGAUGUCGUGCGAAUGUUGAAUAGCGAUCCAAAAGAUUGGAGAUCUCUGAUGACUGCCGAUGUUCUGAAGUAUUUAAGCACUGGUCCUUUGAAGGGGAAAACAUUUCAUUAUAAGCCGUCGUGGACGGACUGCUUGCGACUUAUCCGAAAUGUCAAGGAACACUGGCAGGACCGUCCAAUGCCGCAACCAGAACUAUUCUAUUUAGUGGGUGAUCCACAAGAGUACUUCCUUCACCUUUUCCCCAAUCUUCCUGUCGAGGUUCACAGAAUUGUGAGGUCAUGUGAUUGGAAAGAACGACCUGACCUUAGGGAAUACUUCAUGUAAGAUAAGAGAAGUUGUUUCGGACGGGAUAAUCACUGAUCUGAAAAUUAGCACUGGACAGCGCAUCCGCUGUCUAUAUAUGAAGCAAUUAAUGGCGGCCAUAUUGAUGUGACCAUCACAAACCUAUAGUGGUGCGGUUGACAUGUUAGAAGAGGUUCCAAUGUUUUCUAGUACUAGUUAUAAUUGUUAUUUCUUUUUUUAAAUUUGAAUGAAUAACUAAUAAUCAGGCCAAUAUAUGGCUGACAUGUGUCUCACUAACUCAGUUUAGCAUAAUUUCAGUUUCGAAAAAUGGCCUUUCAGCAUUCCGAUUGGCUCUCUCAGCAG